CCGAACUGACCAUCCAGAAAGGUGAGGCGAAUGUGCUCUUUGCAUCGUUGAGCAGGCCAAACUAACGGGUUCUGUUUGAAGGAAACAUCAUGGCCAGCCAGCCGCCGCUUUUCAGGGAUCCUUGGGCGAAGAGAGAGGCCUGGCGGAAGCAUCCCGUCUUUUCAAAUAGAGCCAUGUUUUCCAGCCUGUUCCCCGGCUUAGGCAUAGCCGUAGUCGCUUUCACUGCUUAUGUCGUUGCGGACACCUUUUACGCGAAAUCUCAUGGUCAAGGACACGGACACUGAUGGCUAGACCUUCAUGUACGCACGUGGUCUUCCUCGCCAUGAGAUUCGGAUGUUGACUUGCGGGGACUCAGGGUUCAUGCAGGGGCUUACCAGUAGCUUAUUUCACUUCUGGCUCUCCAUUGCAUAGCCUGGUUACCUGCUCCCUGUACCCUACCGUCAGUGCGAGGACCGGUGGUAAUUUACAGUCACCCUGCGUAUCCAUGCAGUCGGGUGGCCAGAACUACUUUUGUAGAUCGUUCGGAUCUUCACUGACGUGGACUACGCAUGACCCAUCUCACUGUCCCGUUCUCAAUGCCAUAUUAGAAGGUA